AUGAUUGAAAAUAAAAAUCGGGUUGAAAUCAUUAAUGAAAUUGAAUGUGUCAGGACAGAGAGACUGAAUUAUCUUGGUCAUUUAUUUUGUUCUAUAUCUCUUUACCAACAGUUCUUGAACAUGAAGAACCAAACAAUGAUCACUGAGGUCUUUCUCUUGGGAUUUCCAAAUCUCGGCAGGUUCAGGAUUUUAAUCUUCAGUCAAAUCCUUGGUAUCUACCUUCUGACAUUAUUUGCAAAUAUCCUUAUUAUUGUAUUGGUGAUAGUCAGCAAAAUUCUUCAUUCUCCCAUGUACUUUUUUCUCACACAAAUGUCCAUUUCUGACAUGCUUAUGACCACAAACAUUGUCCCUGAAAUGCUUUCCAUAAUAUAUAAUGAAGGGAAUUUCAUGUCUUUGAAAUGCUGCAUUUUUCAUCUUUAUUUAUUUGGUGUCUCUGCAGUUUCUGAGUGUUUCCUUCUGACAGUCAUGUCUUAUGACAGAUAUCUAGCUAUCUGUGUUCCUCUACUCUAUGACUCAAUAAUGGACUCAACCUUAUGCCUCAAAUUGAUUGUCCUGUGUUGGAUAUUAGGCUUAUCACUAAUGCUAAUUACUCCAAUAACAAUAGGCAAUUUUCUAUUUUGUGGGCCAGACUACAUUGACCAUUUCUUCUGUGAUGUUGCUCCCUUGCUGGAGCUUUCUUGUUCUGAUACCGUAAUAGUACAAAUAGAAACUCACUUACUUUGUGGACCUGUUCUAAUAAUACCAUUUAUAAUUGUCAUGGUAUCCUAUAUUUAUAUUGCCCUUACCAUUAUAAGAAUUCCUUCUAUUACGGGGAGGCAGAAAGCCUUCUCCACCUGCAGUUCCCAUAUGACUGUAGUUUCUAUAUACUAUGGCAGUCUUAUCUGUACAUAUGCUGUUCCAUUUAAAGGAAAAUCUGCAUCUUUGAGCAAAAUCCUGUGUCUGUUCUAUACUGUUGUGACACCAAUCAUUAACCCAGUUAUAUACACGCUAAGAAACAAAGACAUCAAAGAGGCUGUAAUGAAGCACUGCAAAGUUUAA